AUGGCGGCCAAUUUUUGGCGGUCGACGCAAUGUCACCGGUGGACGAUGGACCCUGCGUCGGUGGCGCGUGCACGCCAUGAAGAUCUGCAGUAUGUAAGUGCACAAGAUAUGGCUGCGAUCACGACAUGGUGUCUCGAUACGAUAUCGACACUAGGCAUCCGACUGCACGCGCAUCAGCAGGUGAUCGCGACAGCUAGCGUGUAUUUUCAGCGCUUCUACACCAAGAAUUCGUAUGCAGCUACUGAUCCUAUUGUCGUGCUGGUGACGUGUCUGUAUUUGGCGACCAAAUCAGAAGAGGCGCCUGUGCGUCUUCGUGUGGUGGGUGCAGAGGCAUCCAGGCUCCUACACGAGCGUGGCUACGAGGACCCACCUAACUAUGUGCCGCUCAUUGCGGGAAUGGAGUACUACUUGUUAGAGGAGCUCGAGUACGACUUGAUUGUGUUCCACGUGUAUCGCAGCCUGCCUGCUCUGUGCGAUGCCUGUGUGAAAGCAUGUGCAUGCCCGCAGGGUGGGGGUCCGUCGGCCUCGACGCUUCUGCAGUUAGCGUGGUACAUGGCCAAUGACAUGUACCGUACAUCGCUGCCUUUAUCCUAUCCACCCUACACUCUGGCUAUUGCCUGUAUGUACUUGGCUCUCGGCCUAGCGCCUGCGCGCCCUACCGAUUGGGCGCCGGCUGCGACGCCGUUGCAUGAUACCGAGUCAUCGUCACGCAAGCCAUGCAUGGUGUCGUUCUUAGCUGGCUUCAACGUGUCUCUUCCUGUGAUUUCGUGUAUUCUACAAGACAUGCUGUCGCAUUAUGAGCUGUGGCAUGCGCUCUCGCACCCGCCGUCGGGCCUGAGUCUGCUGGAAGACCACCAGGCCCUCUUUCACCGCUUGUACCGCAUGCGGGAAGACCGGUGCCGCGCCAUGGCCGCGUGA